CGGAGGGGUGGAAUGCCAAGGGAUGUGCUUGGUGCACAAACCCACAUUCUACAAGUUUAUUGCGAGCUUGUCAUUGACACUGUGAUGCCCCGUGGUGAGCCAGUGACAUUGCACUGUCAUCACGAUGGAGUACGAGACUCGACUUGUUGUAGGUGUUCACACUCUCCGUCCGAAGAUUGAAGGCAAGGCAUCGAAUGCGCUUGAGGUGCCAGCCGUCGUGCAACUUUUGCGAGGGCUGAUGGACAAGGGGUUGACGAUCCGGUGCGUUGUCUCGGAUGAUUGUGCCACACUGGGACCGAAGUUGCGAGCUAUGAACAUCGAGUGGCAGAAGGAUUGCCACCACAAAAUAAAAAAUAUUCGCAAGCACUUCCACAGUAUGAUGCAAUUGAGGGAAGCGAAGAAAGUGAGCAGCCCGCACGACUGUGUGUCAGAGGCGCAGUUUAUGCAGUUCACGAAAAAACGGCUAAAGAAGGUGUUGGAGCAACGUUUUGGACCUGACGUCCUCACACCUGCUAAGAAGCGGAUGAAGAAAUCGGAUUUCGUCGCUGUCGUCAUGCGAAAGAUGUACCCCUACGGAUCGAGGUUGAAUGCUCGAGCGUUGGAGACUGAUCCGGACGGCUUGACAGAGUAUCAUGCGCAUGAGGUUGGGAUGUGGUUCCUCCGCGCUUGCCAGCUGUGCAGGGAGGAGGGCGGAGACGCCAACAGUCUACACCGCGACAUCUUGUUGGUCGCCGAUCAUUGGGCUGGUGAUCAUUCGGGAUGUGUCGACGGUAGGGAGGUUCUGUGCGAGAAGGUCGGUGGGCGUGCACGAUUGCCUUUGUAUAGCCGCACGGACAUGGUCUACGAGCUCGUUCUGCGUAUUCUCGACAAACAAUGCAGCACUAACAUCACGCCGUACUACGUCGAGUUUCGGCACACAUCGGCGGUGGAGACUUUUCAGGGCACCAUCAUUAUCUAUGCGAAGAAUUCGGUGCAUUUCGAGAAGUCUUUUUGUGCACGUUUGUCGAUCGCAGUGAUUCGGUGGAACAGUCACUGUUGGCGCGACCCGGUCGGGUAUGUUGCUCGCAUUGCUGCGGGCACUUCUAUGCGUGCGAGACCAGACUUCCGUCGAUACUACGGUCACGAGGCGAUCGACUGUUGGGAGGACAGAUUGGCGGCGUCAGUGUUCGGUUCGGCUCAUGUUUCAGACUGGGCUCGAGAGUUUCUGUGGCAGGAGGUUUGUCCUUAUGGAGCCGGGCCAUUGCCGCGUAAUUUGUUCGUCAACGGUGGGGGCGACCCGGUAGAAGUCGUUGAUGAUGCUGUCUCAGGUUUCGACCAUGAGGCGGUGGGGGAGAACCGUGUUUUCAUCAUCGAUCACGUGGAGGACGAUGCGGUGCCUGCAUGCGAUGAUUGGGUCCAGACAUCGAGCUCCGAAUCAGAGGGUAACGAUAUAGAGUUGUUCAGCGUUUGACUGGUUGAAUGACUUUAUCGUUGACCUGACAUCGGUCUGGUGAUCUGAAUUUCAUUGAGCAUGACGUUA